UUUAUUUGUACGCCGGUAGAGAACAGAUCGUUAGUUUUAAAAAAGUCCCCAGAAAAAUUCUCCGUCUUUACCAAUUUAUUUGGUUGUCUUUCUAAACAUUCGUUUCGGUUUUUUUUCCCGAGAAAUUUGGAGUGUGGAACCAGACGGACUUGUUUUAAACGCCCUAAAUUUGUAGUAUUCCAGUUGUGUUCGCGGGGAAUAUUUUUCGAAACCCAAAAACCGAUUUUCGAAGUAUCAAUUAAAAAAGAAAUAAUAAUAAAACAAUUAAGCCCACCAGCAAUUGCCAGCCAUGAUGAAUAAGCUACGUCAGUUCCACUGCUCGCUGAAAAGCGUGACUGUCCUGUGCAAGCCAAAGGUCCUGUCGAAUGCCGGAGUGCGAUUCUCAUGCGGCGAGGGCAGGGCGAUAACGAGGGGCGUGGUUGUUGGUCUAUAUCAGAAGGAGGGCGAUAAGGAUCCAAAACUGACGCCGGCGGGUCAGAAGAUUGACCAGCGGGUUCAUGGAAAGCUAAUGAAGGUGAUCUGCGAGACUAAGUUGGAUGGACGAUUGGGUCGCGGCAAGGUAUUCAACAAUAUAGACACAGAUUUCGCAGCCGUCGCAGUGGUGGGUGUGGGCCUGGAAGGGAUUGGCUUUAACGAACUGGAAAUGUUAGACGAGGGAAUGGAGUUUGUUCGAGUGGCAGCCGGCGUGGGAGCAAGAUCCUUGCAGCAGCAGGGAAUAACGAAUAUUUUGGUAGACGGCAUGGACUAUGCUGAGCAAGCGGCUGAAGGUUCACAACUGGCCGUGUGGCGUUUCCCUGACAAUCUGGCCAAGAAGAACAUGCCAAAUAUUCCAACACUGGAGCUAUUUGAGUCGCCGGAUCAGGAGGGAUGGACGCGUGGAAUCUUCAAGGCGGAGGCUCAGAAUCUAGCUAGGCGAUUAAGUGAUGCACCCGCCAAUUGCAUGACUCCCACUAUGUUUGCCCAAGCCACUGUGGAUGCUUUGUGUCCUUGUGGCAUUACAGUGGAGGUUAGGACCAUGGACUGGAUUGAGGCCCAGAGGCUUAACGCCUUCUUGAUGAUCGCCAAGGGCAGUUGUGAACCGCCCGUUCUGCUCGAGCUGAGCUAUUGCGGCACAGCGCCCGACGACAAGCCAAUCCUGUUCGUGGGCAAGGGCAUCACCUUUAACUCCGGUGCCCUCAACCUACGACCUUGCAUCGGCAUGGACGAAUACCGUGGCAGCAUGUCCGCUGCCGCCUGCUGCGUGGCCAUGAUGCGCUGCAUUGCUGCCCUGUCCCUGCCCAUCAAUGUGACCUGCAUCAUCCCGCUGUGUGAGAAUAUGCCUUCCGGAAUGAGUGCGAAGCCCGGCGAUGUGGUGACCCUGCUCAAUGGCAAAUCGAUGGCUGUGCGUGAUCUGGACAAGGCCGGAGUGGUGGUCUUGUCGGAUCCUCUGCUCUACGGACAGAAGACCUACCUGCCAAGGCUGGUCGUGGACAUUGCCACCCUUAAUACUGGUGUUAAGAAGGCUUUCGGUGGUGGCGCUACUGGUAUCUGGUCCAAUUCUCACUACAUCUGGAAGCAGUUCCAGCGUGCCGGCUCCAUUUCCGGUGACCGUGUGUGGCGUCUCCCACUGUGGCAGUACUACAGACGCCAGGUCACCGAUGAGCGAUCCUACGAUCUAAGCAACGACGGACGAGGAUUGGCCACUUCUUGCUUGGCUGCAGCCAUCCUCCACGAACUGGUACCCUGUGUGGACUGGGCCCAUCUGGACACCCGCGGCACAGGACUCAUUUCAACGUACGGACUGGUGCCGUACCUCACAAAGAAACGCAUGACCGGCAGACCUACCCGUACUCUUGUUCAGUUUGUUUACCAAAUGGCCUGUCCGGAAAUGAAGUGAAGCGGUUUCGUUGCCGUGUGAUGAGUGAUUGAAGGAUUGACGUGUUUUGUUUUGAUAUUUUCAAGUAAAUCAAAGAUAUUUUCGGCGUUAA